UGAGCUGCUGCCUCUCUCAAUCUCUCAUUCUUCUUCCUAAGCUCUAGGUGGAAACAUGUCUUCAGCGGUCAAACCGGGGCGAGCAUCAGUUAGCGGCAGCUUCUGCCUGACCCUGCUGAUAUUCAUCCUUCCAAUCCCAGGGAUAAUUGCCACUGUUCACGUUCAUACACCACCUGUACUGGAGGCAGAGAUCGAGAAACCCAUCAGCAUUCCAUGUGUUCCAGAGAUUUCCACCCCAGACACAAUACGAUAUGUUCAGUGGUUUGUUGUGAAGAAGAAUGAGCGCAAACGAAUCUAUUAUCAAGACAUGGAUAGUAAGGUUACUGACAAUUUGACCGACUACACUGAUCGAAUCAGAGUAGACGAGAACUACACCCUGACCAUUGAUCCCGUCAGGCUUCAGGAUGAACAGGAAUUCCUCUGCCAAGUUAGUGCAGGUCCUGCAGGCAAUGGAGAAGCUGUAACAAAGCUCUACGUCUUUGGUGCACCAGACGUGCCUGAGAUAACAAAAAUUGAAAAAACCAUAUCAGUAAUGGCCUCAAGACCAGAGGAGGUUGCCAGUUGUGUCACAAGGAAUGGUUACCCUGCUCCUAAUAUCACCUGGUACAAAGACCGCACGCCUCUGCAUCUCACAGAUGAAACAAAGGAAAAGAUGUUCGCAAUAGUUCAGUCAAUACAAGAAGCCAACGGCCUUAAAACGAUCAGUAGUGAACUUCAUUACCUGCCUAAAAAAGAGGACAAAGAUUCUAUGUUUUACUGUGAGGUGAGCUACAGGAUGCCACACAGAGUGGACAAGAUGAUGGAGUCUGACAAGAUCAAAUUCUCAAUCUUAUAUCCAACAGAGAAUGUGGAAAUACUGAUUCAUCCCAGUGUGGUGAGAGAGAUGGAGAACGUGAGCAUGGAGUGCCAAGCCGAUGGCUCUUCUAGUGUUGACUAUACCUUUUUCAGAGAGCGGGAAGGAAAGACUGAGGACAUUCAAAAUGAACCUCCUUGGAUAACCAUCUUGCAAAACACAGUAAAUUUUACAGGACUUACCCGAAAUGACAGUGGUGUUUAUGGCUGCAGAGUUCUGGACCUUGAGACAACAGAAGAAAUCACUAACAACAGGACACUAAUAGUCAAUUAUCUGGAUCCCAUUGUAUUGAAGCCAGAAGCUCCAUACAUUUUCACAGACGGUGACAGAAAUAUAAAUAUAUCUUGUGAAAUGGAGGCAUCCCAACAGGCAUCUGUGAUCUGGACAAAACAUAAGAAGACAACAGUUAGCUCUGGAACUCUGCUCAAACUGCCGGUAGUUACAUUUGAUGAUGCUGGAAACUACAGCUGCAAAGCCACAAUUCCGGGCAUUCCGAACCUAAACCAGCAAAAAACCAUCAGCAUUGUGGUGAAAGGGCCACCUCAAGUGAACUGCACCAAGAAGAUGUUCCAGAGAAAUGGACCCCAUGUGAACCUGACAUGUGUGUUCAAAGGUUAUCCAUUGCCAAAGGUUACAUGUAAUGCAGAAAAGAAGCCGACAUUAAAGAAUCAUCGUCAAAAGAACUACGUUGUUAGUGAACUGAUUCUUCCACUCACAGUGGAGCAGCUGACACUGACGUGCAGUGGUGUCAAUAUACAUGGCAGCAAGGCUCACAACUUCACUGUGCAAGGAGCCUCAGUGGCAGUUUCCACGACUGGACCUUCGACUGUUGAUAUAUCUCACGCAAAGAGCAGUGGUGGAGUGGUGAUCGUCGUCAUCAUUGUGUGCAUUCUACUUAUUGCCAUCCUGGGUGCUGUCCUCUAUUUUCUCUAUAAAAAAGGAAAGAUACCCUGUGGCCGCUCAGGCAAACAAAGCAUCACACAACCUGAAGCUCAUGAGAACAUUGUGGUGGAAGCGAAGAAUGACCAGAAGGUUCCAGAGGAAACGGUGCUUCUGCAAGGAGUCAAUGGAGAGAAGAAGCCACCCAACUAUCAGUGAAGGGAGAAGAAGGAAGAUGCAGACUUUCGGAGUGAAGAGAAGUAAUCAGUGCUUCCAGCUUGUGCCUGACCGCACAGAUAUCUUGAAAUCCUCUUGCCUUUACGAAUGCUGCAUAUGCUCCUACACUGAAGCAAUUCCAACCAAUACUGGAGACUUUCCUUCACUGGAAACAGCAGAACACCUUACUGAAAGAAACACAUGGCCUUUCAAUCUAAACUAUCAACCAGGAUCCUGACAUUUUGUUUAAUUUCCAUCAAUAGAAUCUACCUUUGGAUGUAAAUGUCUCUGCAUUAUUGCUUUGUCACACCAGCAGUUACAAUGUGCAAAAACACCUGAUCUCAACAGUUCUCCAAGAUGUUUACAAAGAAAAUGUGCUUACCUCUUUACAUAAUUCAUUCAAAUCCCUUCAAAUUAAAUCAAUUGGAAAUUAAGGAUGAAGAAUUGGAAUUAUAAAGAAAUAUCUAGAUUCUAAUAUCUGCCAUUGAAAGGUUAUUUUUAGAACUCGGCCUGUCCUCUUCCUGGAAUUCCAAUCUGUAACAGACAAAUAUUUUUAUUUUCCACAUAACUCAUGAGUUGGGCUGAAUUACCAUAUAACUUAGUCACUCAUUAAGGGAUUAAUGUUCAGAGAUGAUGUCAGUGCAUUUUAUUCUAUUUCUUCUUUUCAAAUCAAUAUGCCCAACCUCCACCAACAAAUCAUGAUUAAGAGCUUGAUUCAGGAUUUUAAACUAGUCCCUUGCAUAUUACUGCCAAGCUAAGUUACAGUAGUUCCAGUUGGUGAUACAGAGCAAUAGGGACAGAUUUAUUGAUGGAAAAGGAUUUCUAGUUGACUAAUUAGUCCCACAUUGCUUUGUAGAAAUAAACUUUGACAUUAGAUUAGGAAUCCUUUUGCAUAUUUAUCAGCUGUGAUUGUGUUUCACAGGGAAGCGCUCUCUAUUGAAACAUCAAUCACUCAUUGAGUCUGAAGUCUACUGCCCAAAGACUUCAAAUUAAAUCCACUUUGGUGGGCAAUUUUUGGCAUUAUCUCCAAAUUAAAAUUCUGCAUAUCAUGAUUUGAGACUUGAUUGAAGUGCAAAAUUGAAAUGAGAAUGAUCUCAUCACCAACUUCAUUCAGUCACGAACGCAAAUCAUUACUAAUGUCAUCACCAGCACAGGGUCCAUAUUUCUGUUGAGUGGCAGGUCUUGUGUGAAUCAAGAGGUUCUGUGUUUCUAUACAUCCAGGGUCUGUAUUCCUUUGCCACUUCACAUACUUCCUUCAAACAUAACCUGUUUAUUAAUUGUAACAUUUAAUUAACAAGUGAUCUCUUACUCUUGGUUAGGACUCUGAAUGUUAUUUUUGUAUAUGUUACAGUAAGUCCAAUGGGCAGAAUACAGCUGUCUGAUGCGGCAGUACAAGAAUUGCUGGAAAGUGUUUGUCUUCACUAUAAACGAGCAGAAGACAUGGAGUACAAUGUAGGGCUCUCGUUUAUUAAUUACUUGUAGGACACAUUCCUGCAGAUCAUUAGUUCAGAUGAGGACAAGUAGCAAUUUCUGUCCACUUGCUUGGAGGCCCUACACUUCAUGUGCAUCGUGUUCCUGUCUUAGCUUGUGAAGAGUUUGUCGUAUAUAGAUUUGACAAGAAUAAACUUUAGUGAAUCCUCUUGUUGCCUUUUGCAGGCCCAGCCUUUGCUAGUCAGCAACACUGAAAGUAGUCAUUUGACCUUAACUGCUUAAAUAAUAGUUGGGAGUGCAUCACAUUCUCCAAAUACAUGACUCUACCUUGUGGCUCCCUUUGACGAGAGAGGCAAUAUAAUAAAUCUAUAAGUGAUCACAGCCUCAUUCUGAGUGGCCAGAAGAGGAAAUCAAGUAUUAUCAGCUGGUGCACAGGGGAUUUCUGCCCAAAUAGUUAAGUGCCAGAACUACUUUAGUUGAUGAAGAUAGAUGAUCAGGAGCAUACGUUAGAGAAGGAAGAGCCGAAGAGUUUCAUUGAAAGGUCUUUUUCUCUUGAAAGCUGUAUAUGUCUUGACUUUUCCCAAUGUUGGUUUUGAUUAGCUGACGGUCUUGGUGAAGAGUUGCUUGUUGUGUAAAUUUUGACACUGACCACAGCUCCUGCUGACCUGAUUUGCAAUCACCCCCACUGGACUGCACUUCACUUCCUGCCCAGUACCUGCAAAAUGUCAUGCAACAAUAACACUGAACAAUGAUAUUGCUGCACAGGUUCUUCAUGGCCACAAUCAAUGGAGAAACUUCUGCAAAGCGCUCAAAUGAAGAUUACAUCUAUAUAGUCUGUCCCUCUGUGCCUCCAGUCAGACUGUUAGGAAUUCCAUCCUGGAUUUGAAAAGUUGAGGAUAAAUAUAGGAACAAUAUAGAGAAAUACUCUUUACGAGCAACAAUGAAAUACUCUUCAUUGUUACACAGCCAUAUUGCAGCUUCCCUCCAUCUGACUAAUUCACAAAGGAAUCUGUAAAAAAUGUUAACACAUUCUAUGCCUCGCUUUUUUAAAAAAACUUACUUUGGUUUGUUAGUUGUGUUGAAACUUACUUAAUACUGCUAAAACACUGAAGAAGCUUUUAUGUAUAAGUAGCUAGAAUUAUAUUGUAUUGGUUUAAACUGCUGCAAAGAAAUAAUAGAUUAACAGAGGUUCAUUAGAAGUAAAAGGGUUACUCCUGAUUGUUAGAAACUAUAUGAAUGAUUAAUUUUUGUGUGUGUUCUGGGCAUGUGUUCAACCUUGGAGUCAAUGAAGCAACUCGGUUUCUGUUCUUGGGCAGCUGGCUGUCACAAUGAAUGAGGCAUUCUCGGCAUGUUUAAGAUGCUGCAAACCACCCCCCCCCCCCCCCCCAACCGUUGUACCUGAAGUGGCUUUUAUCAUCACUUCCUGAGAGCUUUCAGUGGAGGAUGGUAGAACCAAAACUCAGGUAACUAUAGGAAUUAAAUCACCCAACCAUACAACACACUCUGCACAAACUAUGCAGUUGUUAUAGACCCAAAUGUUUAUACAGCUGUGUGUAGAGAAAAUCUCAUUCCAUGACUGAGGCAGAAGAGCAAGAUUAAAUCACUGGACACCACGGUGGUGCAGCAAGCAGAGCUGCUGCCUCCAGGGAGCAGGGUUUAAUCAUCAUGUCCAGGGCUGUAUGUGUGGAGUUUGCAUGUUCUCCCUGUUUCCUCUCACAUCCCAAAACUCUGCAGAUUGGUAGUUUAUUGGCUGCUGUAUAUGGUCUCUGAUGUAUAGAUGAGUGGUAGAACCUGGAGAGAAUAAAAUAAGAUUAGUGUAAAAAUGGGGGCUUAGUGGUUGGCAUAGCUUGGGUGGGCUAAAGGCCUUGUUUCUGUGCUGCAAUUCUCCACGACUCUACAUAGAAUUGUUUAUAGAUUGGUUAGUAUUGAACACAACCAAGGCAAGUCUAUUAUUAGGUUUGGAGUAGGCUCUGCUCUCCACGGGCGACAUCACCUUUAAUCAUGAGUGGACAUGUGCAAGUUCCUCUGCCCUGUAUAGUUUAAUGUUUCUCUGCAAGUAUGGAACUUGCAUUUGGGAUCAAACACACAACUGAGAUUUAAAUCCACUGUAACUGUAAAAAAAAAUGUUUGUUUUGUGAUGAAAAAUGCCAAAUAAAUAUUGUUGCAAAUUCCCAA